AUGAAUUAUUUCAAGAACACUAUCAUCCUGCUCAUAGCGCUUGCUGCCUCUGUGCAUGCCCAUAUGAGGCUAUACUACCCCCCUCCUUUCGCGGCCAGUAACAAUCCUCACCGCACCGGCCCUCCCGACGACCGACUCGACUAUCCUUAUAACUGCUGCGGCAGAAAAACAGUCUACCCAUGUCGUGGCUACCUCGAUCUCCUUGGAACCGAUCAAGGGAAGCCAGUAGCUACCUGGCCAGCAGGCUCCGUUCAGAACUUCAGUUUAGUUGGAGGCGGCACACACUACGGCGGAUCAUGCCAGGUCGGCUUCAGCAUCGACAAAGGCAAAACCUGGCAAGUAGUCAGCAGCUAUGAAGGGAAUUGUCCACAUCGCAAGGGCGGGAACAACGCUCCAGAAGAGCAGACUUUCCAGUUCAAAGUGCCCUCGGACAUGCCUUCCGGAGACCACGUCUUCGCGUGGACAUGGGUCAACCGAGAGCAGGAGUUCAAUAUGGUCUGCUCAUCGGUUACCAUCUCUGACUCUCUUGAGCCGCCUGUCCCCGGUUACGCCUCCGAUGGCUUCUGCGGAUCAUCUUCGGUCACAGCAAGAGCUGAUCCGAGUGCGAACGCAACCGUGUCGGCCUCUCCCGUCGAGCAGGGUACUCCAGCAACCCCGUCCAUAGCGGGCACCUUGGACGCUGAGAAACCAUUUGACGGCAAUGGACAAGGGUCAACACUGCGGUCACCACGUCGCGCGCUGGACAGGCAUCGGGGUCGCGCUAGACGGGUGGGUACCGGUCAGAUCACAGACCGCGGAAUCACUCAUCCCGCAUACAUGGCCCGCCCUGGGUUUCUGCUAGCCAACAUUGGAAACGGCUGCAAGACACCAAAGGAGACUGCGGAAGUGAAGUAUCCGAACCCAGGAUUGGACGUCGUCGCGGGAGAUGGAGAGUAUCCUCUUGCGCUUCCAGAGCCGGCAGAUAAAUGUGGAGCAUAG